GUGCAUUUAUUCAAGCGCUGCAGGCGCCAGAGUGAACAGGUGAUGCCAAAGUGUAUACAGAUUUAAAUCCAUAGCGACAAAAUGGCAGCGGGACCAAGGUUUGAGGUAUUCAAGGCCCUGGGCCUCAACUACUAUGGGUUCCACGUGCGCAAGGAGAAGGUGUACAAUGUAUUCGCAGCAGGAAUAUCGACAUUUCUGCUAGGAUUCACGGCAUACAUGGCCGUGACCUUUGUCUGUAACUGGCGCUCCACGAUACUCUUUGUACGCUAUCACAACGCGAAAUUAGAGCUCGAGAGAGAAGGCUACAUCAAACAAAUUAGCGAAGCAAGAGACAAGGGUCUGCUACCCCCAAGAGAGACGCCCAAAUAGCUUUGAUACCCUGUGCAAACAACGCAGCACGUAGUGGGUAAUGUGAAUAUACACCUUCUUUGGAAUGUAGUCUGCCAGUUUAAAAAGCGGAGAACAUCGGUACUCGUUGCGGGGCGUCUUUGCUGUAAGCGCCUUUAUCAUUGUCUUUACAAUCGCUCGACUGUCGCUCCCAUAACCCUUUAGAAUUUCUGAAAAUAAACAUUACAAGUAU